AUGGCUGCCGUGAGUGAGUGUCAGGAAGAUAAGCCCAUAAUCAACGGGCACUGGCACAUCAUGCAGUUCCUCCAACAGUUUACAGUCUGUGGCGAAUGUUUUGACGAGGUGGUCCGGCCUUCGAUCAAGGAUGACAACGUCAUUGCUCGCAACUUCUACAUGAAGUCGCAAAAGCUACCACUCGCAACGUGCCAGCUCUACUCUAAUAGAAUGAGAGAGAUAUUCAAAAAGGCUUGCCGAUGGAAUGAUCCCAAGUACUUGGAGGCCAAGGUACUUGAACGGUUGGAUGUCGAGGCUAUGAUCCACGAGAAGCUGGCCAGGUUGGAGAGAUCGACGCAUGAAGACGAGAAUUGGGUUGAAGAACAGGUGGACAAGUACAUUCAAGAAUGGAAGAGGUGGGAAUGA